AUGCUUUACAAUAACACUCUUUCUUUGUGGUUGAGAAGCCACUAUUGAACUUUUCUGGCAUUUGUGGAAUUUAAUAUUUUGUUUUUUGAAAUACUGGCCGCUAUGUUGAGCUUGGAUUUAUUUGAAGGUUUGAGAGUGCUGGACUAAUUUUGACUACUUCUUUCUGUAAGAUCCAUGCUCUUAAAGGCAGCUGAUAAGGGAUCAGAACAGCAACAGUUGAAGAUGCUGGUUAUUCUCUUAGCCCUGAUGGUGCUAAGAAUGUGCUGGUGUGCCAUGUGUGUAAGAGAUGCUGAGGCAGUGGAAAUAAUGUGGAGUUUCAAGUUUCUGAUCUGUUCCAUGACUUGGUGAAGCAGGGGCCAUAGGAAUGUCAUGAGGGUGAUAAUGACCAGUAUCAGUGUUUGCCAGCAAGAGUUGUCUGGAGUGGCGGUUGAACUGUGGUCCUGCCAUUCCUUACAUCGGGCGUGGGACAUUCUGAAGCCUGGUUUGUCUGCAGAACGUGGUGGAGCUGUGGUGUAUCCAGUGGAGCACACCAGACUAACAGCCAGCAAGGUGUUGAGUGUUAAAAGCUGCCUUUGCCAGGCAGCUUUUUCUGCAAUGUUUAAUCGUGAAGCCUCAUUGAUCAGACAAGUGGUGGGACCGCUUGGCACUGUGCUGCUUGGAGUGGCUUUGUCACUUCUGGUUUGAGUUGAGAGCAGCUGAAUUAGGAUGCUGAGGAAAAAGAAAUAAAAGCAAAUUUACCUCCCUGGAGAGCUCAUGUAGAAGGCUGAGAAGUGACUGGAGCUGCCUGUCACUGGGGUGGUAGUCAGGAGGGGUGAAAUUGGCUGUCUCUGGUGUCUUUGUGGAACUCGGGUCUUGCAAAUGCUGCAGUGAUUCAGUGCUCAUUAAAUGCUUGUUGAUAGCUCUGCUGCUUUCUGACCUAAAACUGCAGAAGAAUUUUGCAUAAUUUAAGAAGGAGGGAAUACUCUUAGUGCUCACAGAUAAUCCAGGCAUUUAUAGACAAAGGUGUAAAUAAGUUUCUGAAUCUUGUAAACUUUGUAAACACCAGCAGAAUUUCAAGGGUAUUGAGGAGUGGUGAUCAGAAGAUUUUCAGGGCUCUGGAAUAAACACAUUGUGACUCCACUGUAAAAUCAAUUAAUUGAGUAGAUUGCAGGUGCCUUUAAUGGUGUCCUUUAUAAAAAGACAAUUAAGUGCCUGCUGUAGGAAUUCAGGUUGAAAAAAAAAUCAGGUUCAGAAAGCAAAAUAAAUGGAAUAAAAAAUAAAUAAAAAAUCAAUUCAGACUACAAACCCUAAAUUUUACUCUGUGAAGCACAUUUUAAAGAAAGAUAGCUAAACUUAAACAUUAAAUUAUGAAACUGAGUGAUAAUUAAAGAUAUUCUAGCAGCAACAGCUGAGUUCACUGAGCUUUAUUUUUUUCUAUGAAAUCCAAUUCUGCAGUAUUCCCUUGCGAGGCUUGCGGCAGACUUACUUUUUAAUAAAUAUUUAUACACCACUGAACAGCGACUUGAAGUGCUUUUUUUUCCUGAAGUUCUACAGUCACAAUGCUUUAAACAGUCUGAUUGGUUCUGUGCAGAAGAAAGAAAAUGGGUUUUGCCCAGUAGAUUGGAGAGAAGGUGAUGAUCUGGAGACUUAAUGAGAAAGAAGCCAAGAAAUGCUGAAAAGUUUGAACUGAGCCCAGAGACUGAAUAGGGCAUUUGUCCACAGUGUUUGUUACUCGGGUGGAAAUGGCAUGUGGAAUGUAUGAAUGGGGGCAGGGAGGGGAAUAGAUGCACCAUCCUUCUCCAGUAAAAAAAACAAUUCAGUGCAUUCUUAACUGGUCAGCCUGUCAGGAGUGUGUCAGGGGCUUUUCAAGGAAGCAAGGAAUACAUCUGCUCAGACCUUAAAGCAAGUGCAAUGGGGAGAGAUGUUUCUGUCACAUAGUGACAGGGGUGUUCCCUUCAGCAAACGUUUGUCUCUGCUCAGGAGGUAGUCAUGUAGCUUCCUGUAAAAACAGACAUGAUUGUUUGAUCUCCUGUGCAGAAAUUCUGAUUGGCACAGGGCUAAAAUAUGCCCAGUGGCUUUGAGGACUUGACUGGCAUAGAGUCCAUGGACCAAUGUCGCCACACACUGGAGCAGCACAACUGGAACAUAGAGGCAGCUGUGCAGGACCGACUGAACGAGCAAGAGGGUGUCCCAAGUGUCUUUAAUCCUCCUCCACUGCGGCCGUUGCAGGUCAAUACAGCUGACCACAGGAUCUACAGCUACGUUGUCUCAAGGCCACAGCCAAGGGGGCUGUUAGGAUGGGGUUACUACUUCAUAAUGCUUCCAUUCCGAUUUACCUAUUACACGUUACUUGAUAUAUUUAGGUUUGCUCUGCGUUUUAUACGCCCUGAUCCUCGUAGUCGGGUCACCGACCCAGUGGGUGACAUUAUUUCGUUUAUUCAUAUGUUUGAGGAAAAAUAUGGGAGGAUACACCCUGUCUUCUACCAGGGAACUUACAGCCAGGCACUGAACGAUGCCAAGCGGGAGCUGCGCUUCCUGUUGGUUUAUCUUCAUGGAGAUGACCACCAAGACACAGAUGAGUUCUGCCGCAAUACACUGUGUGCACCUGAGGUCAUCACCCUCAUCAACACUAGAAUGCUUUUCUGGGCUUGCUCAACCAAUAAACCAGAGGGAUACAGAGUGUCGCAGGCCCUGCGGGAGAACACGUACCCGUUCCUGGCCGUGAUCAUGCUCAAGGACCGCAGGAUGACGGUGGUCGGGCGGCUGGAAGGGCUCAUCCAGGCUGAUGACCUCAUCAACCAGCUGAUGUUCAUCAUGGACGCCAACCAGACAUACCUGGUGUCCGAGCGCCUGGAGAGGGAAGAGAGGAACCAAACCCAAGUCCUGAGGCAGCAGCAGGACGAGGCGUAUCUGGCAUCCUUGCGUGCGGACCAGGAAAAGGAGCGCAAGAAGAAGGAGGAAAGGGAGAGGAAGAAGAAGAAGGAGGAGGAAGUGCAGCAGCAAAAACUGGCAGAGGAGAGGCGGCGACAGACCCUGCAGGAGGAGAAGGAGAGGAAGUCGGAAUGCCUUCCUCCAGAACCACAUCCUGACGACCCAGAGAGCGUCAAGAUCAUUUUCAAGCUGCCUAACGAUUCCAGAGUGGAGCGGCGAUUCCACUUCACACAGUCACUGACGGUGAUCCACGACUUCCUGUUCUCCUUGAAAGAAAGCCCUGAGAAGUUCCAGAUUGAGGCCAAUUUCCCUCGCCGUGUCCUGCCCUGCCUCCCUACAGAGGAGUGGCCCAACCCCCCCACGCUGCAGGAGGCCGGACUCAGCCACACGGAAGUCCUCUUUGUGCAGGACCUCACGGACGAUUGACACUUCUUUUUGGUUUUGUUUUUGUUGGUUUUGUUGUUUCGUUUUUUUUUUUUUUUUUUCCAGAAGACACAAAACGGAAAGAGAAAUUCAUAUUAUUAUUAUAAUACAAUAUUUUUUUUAAAAGACUGCGUACAAACGAGGGAUCAGAGACCACAUGGCCUGUGCCAGCUGUGCUGCGUGUGUGCGCUGGCGAGAGGACGCGUGCGCACGGCCAUCCCCUGCACCGGGGGGCACGCAGGGGGAGCUGGUGUUGCCCCUCUGCCCUCCCUGGGGAGGAACAGGAAUGGCAGCUCUUGGUAAUUAUUGCUUUUAUUGAUGACAAUAAUAAUAAAACCCCAGCAACCCAACAUCUCGUGAAGAUUUGAUACUCUGCUGCUCCUGAGAGACACAAGACCGAGCACCGGAACGUGCUGGGAUUGGGGUGGGGGGAAAGGGCUGGACAGACUCUCUUCAGCUUCCCUCUGUGUAUAAAUACUGUUCUUUUAAUAUUUCUCUUGCUUUGUAAUGACCAAAGGAGAUUGGGGUUGACUAUAGUAUUAACUUUUUGAUAAAGAGCUGGUUCGAUUCUUACCCAUGUGGGGCCUUGCCCAGGGUUCUUAGCCUGCGUAGUGUAAUAAACUCUGCCUCUAGCA